AAGGAAAGAAAAAUGAAAAAGGCAGGAAAGCCUAAAUCUUUCACCACGCCUCAGCUUCUUCUUCUUUGCACAACUAACCUUCCAUUCCUCCUCCGGUCGCUGCCGCCCGCCUCCCUCCGGCUUCGGCGCUUCUGUCGGCCCUUCCGGCGACUCCACAGAGGCAGCUUCCAACACCGCCAGCGGUUCAGAUGUCUAAAAUUCAAGACGGCUUCUUGCCCUGCCUCACCUCCUUCUCGGCCGAACUCUCAUGGCCAUUGUUGAUCUUUGAUUGAAGGUAUCUAGAUCAUUUCCUAAUAUUCAACUAUAAUUUCCUUGAAAGCAGUCUCCAAUGCUACAUCGGCUGUCAAUCACCAACCUGAUGAGAAUUCGACUAUGAGGCAGCAUCUCGUUGGACUUUGCCACUCACAUCAGAUCAAUGAGCAGCAGUUCCAGUUCAAGUGGUGUACGAGCAGCUCUCUCCUACUGCGUUCAACAAGUACGAAGUUAUGAUUACCACCACUACCUAUGCCUUCUCGAGCUUCCACCAAACGUGCGUAAAUCCGCCUUUGCACUCCGAGCUUUUAAUGUUGAGACAGCGAGAGCAAUGGAUGUGGCUUCCGACCCCAGAAUUGGGCUGAUGCGGCUGCUUUGGUGGCAAGAAGCUAUCGACAAGAUCUUCUCGAACAAGUUAAUCGAGCAUCCAGUAGCACAGGCGCUUGCUUCUGUGGCAUCCCAACAUAAAGCUAGCAAGAUCUGGUUGAAGCGAUCGAUCGAUGCUCGGAUCAUUGAUGCCCAAAGAGAGCCUACUGAUAUUCCACAAACCAUGGAAGAAUUGGAGAGAUAUGGUGAGGACACCAUGUCAACCAUCUUAUACUCGACACUCGAAGCAGGCGGUAUUAAGUCCACUGCUGCAGAUCAUGCUGCAUCACAUAUCGGCAAGGCAAGUGGACUCACGUUGCUUAUCAAAUCCUUGCCGUAUCAUGCCAGCCGGAACCGCCAUUUUCCUUACAUACCUGCUGAGAUUGCGGAGAAACACGGGCUGCUGGUGAAUCAGAGUGGACGAUCUGAAAUCCGUAUGGAUUCUCGUGAGGAGCUAUGCAAUGUUGUUUUUGAGAUGGCAUCCGUUGCCAAUGCGCAUUUGCAGAAAGCUCGUGCAUUGGCUAAGACAGUGCCUCGUGAGGCUCACCCAGUAUUGCUGCCUGCUGUGCCCACGCAGGUCAUCCUCGAUUCGUUAAGUCGUGUGCAGUUUGAUGUGUUUGAUCCUAGACUGGCACAGGGUAUAUUAGGGGUUUCUCCUUUGUGGUACCAGUUGAAACUAAAGUGGUUUUCGUGGAGAGGGAAAUACUGAGAAUUGUCUUGUUUUGUGAAUUAGGAUGGCUUUUCCCCAAAUUAAUUCCAUCUUAACAUGAAUAAUUCUGGGAUUUUUUAGAUGAGGCGUUUGCUUUUUGUUGAACAUAAUGCUUCUGAUGCUAGCGAUCAAGUUUGUAGUUAUGGAUAUUUUUAAUAAGCAGUGUUGCACUAUUUAUAAGAGAAUUUUUUGGUUCA